AUGCCUGCACAGUAUUCUCUGGAGACUUCCAUCUUGAUUGGCACAACAUUCUACCAAGAGUUCAAGCCGAGCAUUUGGGAACAUGUGAAGAAUCUCCAAGGUGGAUUGAGCCCGGAAGUGAAUCUGACUAUCAUUCUGUACAAAGCCAUUGUGUCAGGCAUGACGGUUCCUGGGGAAGACGAAGAUUCCGGGGUGGAUUGGGAUAGCUUGGGCAUCCUGAAAAUCCCAAAUCUCAGUAGAUUUCCGGCCUCAAUGAAGCCUUCAAAGUUCCAGACAAGACAUCUCUCUGGAGAAAGAUCCAUACAAAUAGACAAGGAUCUCUUGAUAUUUGACCGGGAUUUAUUGCACCAGAAAUCGUUCAAGGUCCAGGGCCUCCCCGUCCAGAUUGCAAAAUACAAACAUUUUGACAAAUUCAGAGUCAGAAUCUUGAAUGGCACCGAGGAUUAUUCUCCCAGACGCCAUCUGCUAUCCAAAUUGAACAUCCUUGAAACAUAUCUGAAGACAUGUCACCGCAAUAUAAUUGCACAGCAAAAGGCGAAGGGCAGCAAGGUGCUCCCGGAUGCGUUGAAUGCCUUUGGGACUUGGUUCAGCAAGGGUGUCCUGGUCGGAAAUGAAGGAGGCCUUCCGAUCAUUGGGGACAUAGACAUGGCAGGGCACGAGCUCAAAGCGGAAGAAUUCGGCAGCCUCAAGAUUUAUCUGAUCAAAGAGUACUUGAAUGAUCCCGCAGCCUACAUGAAGGUGAUCUGGAUCGCGCUCGUUCUGCUCGAGUAUUGGUACCGAAGCUUUCACCCAGACUGCUUCUUCUUAACAAGCACUGAAUACUGGGAAACUAUGAUCAACUCAUUGGGCCCCCAAAUGACUGGUACUGGAGGCUCACAUUCUCUGGAAAAAUACGACCGAGAAGGCAACUACGUUGGUUUACAAUCUUGA